CCCCAGAUGGCGUAUUCGAGUGUUGCGAUCGCGAAUAAAAAAUAAAUAAUGAAUUUGAUUGCAAUUGCCAGCAGAAAUUGUCUAUACUCGCACAGUAUCUUUCAUAUUUCAAAAAUGUUAAAACUUUUUUCAUGCUCUUAAGAAAACAACCGUAUAUUUAUUUUUAAACUAUAUCUUAAACUAUAGGUAUUAUAAUUACAUUAAAACAUAAAACAAACCUCACAGUGAAAUUAAAGGAGUUUUAAAGAAAACAUACCUAUAAUUGCUAGUUUAUACACUAAGCGACCACAUUUUUUGUGUCCAUCUGUUCCAUAAAUGAGAUAUCAAACCAUAAUGCAUUGGACCACUAGAGGGCUAAUGUAGUGCUGACAUACUUUAAGACCUUCAUUUCCUAUUCAAGGCCUCAUUAAAUAAAUAUUAUUAUUGAUCAAGUGUAUCCUGUAAAGCUGAUAACUCAUUUCAAGGGUAAGGAGUAUUUUCAAUAAGAUAAUGCUUCUUGCCAUAUUGCUCCUAUUGUAAAGAAUCAAUUCAAAGAGCAUGAUGGAUAUUUUAGUUUUUCUCUGCUGCCCAUAAUUCUCAGACCUCAAUCCAAGCAAUCAUUUAUGGGUUAAAGUUGGAAUAGCCAUCCAUCAUCAUGACAUGCAAUUAUGUAGUCUCUAACUAUCAAGAAGCACAAUGAAUGUACCACAUGUGACUUUUCUCCAUAAAGGACAAGAUAUGGAGUUUUCUCGACUGUUUCUAGCAUGCUGUGGCAUUCUUGCUUUAUCAAUCCAUUCGCACGCAUUUAAUGUAAAAAGACAUGCGCGAAUUGAAAGACAAUCGAAUGAUGAAGAAGCGGCAAACUCUACACAAUUGUCUUCGGAACCUGAUGAAGAAAUAUCUUCCUCUACUUAUCCACCUACAGAGCAUCUUGCUGAUGAAGUUGAUCUUGACUUUGAGAUGAUUGUAGAUGUUUUUGAAAUUUAUGAUUUACUACCUUCUGGUCAUUUCAACCCGAUGAAAUGAUGAAAGUAAAGCAUAUAAAACUUUAUCUAGAUAUUUUUUUAAGAAAUAUGACUAUAAUCUGAAAUACGUUUCACAUAGAUGGAUGGACACACACGGAAAAAAAAAUCUAGUAAAGUUACCAUACUGUACCGUACAUUAUAGCAUUUCUGAUAAUAAAGAAAAGAAAUUCAUAA